AUGUCGAAAGUGCUGAGCGCGCUUGGAGGGGCGCUGCCGGACGAGCGGCCACUGCUCUCUCUGCAGAUCGUGGAAACAGUAGCCAAAUGCCCUGCAGGCUACUGGCCGGUCAGCAGGACCUACGACGAAGACGCUGACGCCGGAUUGUUAAGGCAAAAUGGACUCUUUGGGAAGAAACCCAGCCAUUAUAUUUGCUUGUCGAAGACUGAGGGUGUUCCUGGUUACGUAAUGGAUGGCGUGAUGGUGGUGGGCGAGCGAGAAGCAGCGCCGGCGGGUUACAGCGUGGCGGGCCGAGCGGGCAAGCGGCGUUUGUGCACGAGGGUGUCGAGGCCCGCUGCCGCGCGAACUUACCCCCCCGUCACUGACGUCAUCGUGUGUUCCAAGAUGAGGCAGGCACCGCAGGGGUUUAUACUAGCAGGGGAGAUGAAUGGGAAAAUGGUGUGUUACAAAGUGAGCGGCGGUAGCGCAGACACGUCGCCAACUCACAACGAGUACGAGAACGUCGUCACCAACUUGACGCCUGAGGUCAACAAAAAGUUACGAGUACCAGAACGGCCUCCAAAACUAUCACCCGUAAGCAACUUAGCACUGGAGAACUUAAACCUCAAGCAAUCACCAACAGCGUACCCAAAAAUCGAAGAGUUCACCUCCGACAAUGAUUACGAAGCCCUUAGCCCUUCCUACAAUAUCAAACCUUCCAGACCAGCGCCCCGAGUACCUUUGACAAAGUCCCCGAUCCCCCACGGGAGUCCUGCACUAGGCGGUCCCACAUCACCGGUAGCACCUUCGAGGAAGAAGGGCCCAGCUCCAAUGCCAAGAAAUACUAUGUACCAGACUUUAGGAGGCUAUAAUGGAAUGGAAGGAGUGCCAUUUUUAUUAAACUCCAAAUUGAGGGGACUGCCUAGUGAUAAUAUGGUCCAAUUGCCUACGGUGAAGCGACGCACGCGCUUCGAUCUCGACCGCGACUACAGUUACAACUUCGCCGUCGAACGACAAACGUGA